AUGAACGUCCCUGAGCUCUUUGAACAAGCGAAUACGCCAGCACUCCUAGGCUCUCUGUUUGUUCUCUUAGAUAAAGCGUCGACACGCACCUCAGAAACCAUCGUUUCUACUUGUCUCACACGCAGCAUAAAAGCAUCCAUGCACAAUGUGCUAGCCGCUUGGAAACUAGCUGCAACAUUAAGCCAGUCCCUUCCGAAGUGUACAGACAGUUUUAUGCUAAGAAACGCCGUACGGUUAGAGAAGCUGUAUGACGACGCCUUCAUAGGCAUUUCUCGUGAAAUGGAGGUUUCUCAUGCAGGAUUCUUCCAUGAUCCUCAGAGGGCCUCGUUAACGAAGGUCCUUGUCCUUUCUUAUGGCGAUUUUGCUCUAAGAAUGAUCAGUAUCAGCGGGAGCCAUCAGAUCAAGUCAACCACCUUUUCCACACUUUUAUGCCUUCUAGCGUGGCCCCAGCGCGCGAUUCUUUCUCAUAGCGGCGAACCAUCAGUCGCAGAACUCCACAGAGGGUUCGAUACCAUCUCAUCUGUCUUCACGUUACUACUUCGCUUACAACAAUGUGCUCACGUGCGAACAUUCCUCCGCAGUAGGGCUGCUGAAAUACGUGCAGCGUGCUUCUCAGUUGUUAUUGCAGUGACAUACGUCGGUGCCAGUUUGAACAAAUGCCGUAUCGAUAACUUGAUCACCAUUGCAGCGUCACUAUUUAGUUUUGUUAUCCUCGCAUUAGAAAGUAGAGCGAUACGCUACGAGGCAGGGGCAGAAUUACUUCGGAUAUUUGUCGCAUUCAAGUGUAUGGCAGAAUCUAGACUUUUCGAACAUGUAGAGCUAUCUGUGCUCGAUGGGUACUUGGUUAUCUCAUCUAUUGGACAAGUUCUUGGCGUAUCGUCCUCUGCAGCCUGUAUCAAUUUCUGGAAGGAUCAUCCUGUCAUAGGAAACAUACGAUUUAGUAAGUUUCUGCAUAACUUUGCCCGUACUUGUAGUUUGUUCUUUGCUUUAUGUGUUAAAAGCACUCUUUCUCUUCCAUCUGGCUUGAGCCAGUAUGAAAUCCCAGUCGGUGAACAGGUGUCUCCUCUUCGAAAUGAUGUCUGCCCUGUUCUUUUCUAUCCCGUGGCCGGGCUCAUUGAGCUUAUGAUCUCUUGCAGCAAAACGCUGUUGGAGAAACUCAUAACAACACCUUCUUUCAACGACUUGGCAGCAAUCUCAACACACUUUCUUCUGGCGUGCACUACCAUUCUUGAAAUGAACUUUGGUCUUUUCAAUGGUUUGAAGACAGCGCUUUUCUGGCCGCUUGUCCAGCUCCUCACUGUACCUGCGGAUGCGCUCACCAUCAUAAAGCCACACCUUUAUAACUGCUUAGCCUCGCUUCUCGCUGAAUCAUCUCUUACCUUUCCCAUCGACAAUCGCCUCCACAAUGAGCGGUUUCAUAGCUUUACAACACUGGUUUUGACCAUGUAUCAGGACUUUUUGGAUUUAGUGUCAGUCGCCAAGGGCUUGGCCAAACAGACUCAUUCUCAUCGUAACUUGCCAGAGCUUGCAAAGCUACUUCGUGCCCUUUGUAGUUCUGGUAGCAUUCGGCUACUUGCUGCUCAUGCAACGGUAUUUCAAGACGCUGGAUGCCCUCUACUUACAGAUAUUAUAUCUGUAUGUCUUCGUGUUGUGUCUAUACUCUCCCAUAAUUCACGGGAAGCCCUCGUUGUUCAGGGCGAACAAGCGAACGGUUACUCUACGAAGGAGUACCCUUACGUAAUGGAAUGUGUACACCAACAGACAUUGCUAUCCUUUGAGAGUUUGGAGUUAUACACAUUCCUACUAGAAGGCUUGACGCAUCUGUGUCUGACUCCCAUCAACGGGCAGCUAAGCUCUGCCCUACCUUUGACAAUACACUUUCUUGAGAUAGCCCUGACAGAUCAAUUACUUGUGGCGGACCAUCUUCGCCGCCUCGCUAGCUGUCGCCGCCUUAUUUCUGCUGCCCUUUUGCCAGCUACUCCUCUGAUGUACCUCUAUGGGAUGCAGGUCAGUUCUGACCUGAGGCUUGCCUAUGGCAUUGCUGACCCUUCUGAGAUAUCAUUAGAAAGUGUGCUUACCAUGGCAGGAAACGCUCCUCUUACAGAACCUGGAUUGAAGCAGCAUCGUCCUGGCCUCCUUCCAUAUCUUCCAAUUGUUUCUAUCAGUGGAGAUGCGCAACCGCCACAUUCAGACGUCAACGCCGACAAUGGUAUUUCAUCUGACCCGUCACUUAGUAUUGGUGCUCAUUCAGUCUUCGCCACUCCAUGUGUGACGGAGGACAUGUCCGUAGUCUCCUCAACGCCUGCUCUCCCCUCCGCUACCAGUUUAGCUACCACGCAGCUAAGUAUGCAAUCGGUAAGAUCAGCUGUUGCCAGUAUAGACUCCAUUGUGGCAGGUACUAAAAAGCAAAGUGGCGAGGCGCUCAUAAGCAAUGACGCAGCACCUGCUCCUCUUAUCUUGGACUCUUCCGAAGACGAUGAAUGA